AUGUUAAUUGCUAAUCUAUGGAUACAAGCUGGUUUGGUCAAUGGAUCAUUAGGACAAAUCAAAUCAAUUAUCUAUGAUACAGAUUCUAAACCUCCUGACUUAGCAAAGUAUGUGGUCGUUGAGUUCAAAAAUUAUACUGGACCUCAUUGGGACAAUGCAAAUCCAAAGUUUGUCCCUAUACCACCUAUUACUCGAGGUAGCCGUACUCAACUCCCCCUUGCAAUGGCUUGGGCUCUUACUAUUCACAAAUCCCAAGGCCUCACUUUGGACCAAGCAACAGUCGAUAUUGAAAAGGCUGAAAAACAAGGGUUGACCUUCACUGCACUGUCACGAGUGAAAUCUCUUCAUGAUCUAAGAAUAGACCCGCCUUUCACUUUUGAAAGGUACUCAAAAUUACAAAGCAAUGCUUAUACAACUAUUAGAAAGAAAGAAGAAAACAGAUUGGCUGCUCUCUCCAAUCAGAUUUCUACAUCACCCCCCAGCCAACAACUCUAA